AUGUUGUCAAGGCGAGCUAAUCUGCCUCCGUCGCUUAGUGACAAGCCGGAUUCAACAGGUUCACUGGGCAAAACGAACACGGAUACAAGACAGAGUGAGACGAAAAUCGAGGUUGCUGCCACCAACGCCGGUGCCGAUAUCGAGUCUGCCACGGCGACUAUGGGCGUCGUUCAGAAAUCCUAUCUGCCAGCUCCAUGCGAAGCCCUCGAUUUGGCUGUUGCUAGGAUGCGCCAAUAUGAAGAGGCCUGGGCAGCGUGUCUGAACCAAUUGCAGACGAUGACAUACCCGAUGAAUGGGCUGCCAAUCGAGUUGGUUCAGAUCAGCUUCAACGAGGUGCCGAUAGAGCAACAAUAUCAAAGGGUGAUAGAACAGUUGGAAAUUUUAUGA